UGGAAUUUUUAAAACUUUUUUUCGAUUUCUUGGCAAUGUAUCAGAGGAAUAAACUCCGUUAAACUCCAGUUUUUCCGAAAAGUUUGUACAGAUGAGCACAAUGCUGCUGAUGGUUAUAGCGUUGUGUCUGCCUUAUGCAGAAGGAAUGAAGGUUGUGGAGUUGUCAGAAGACCCGAGGGCUCCUCUCUCUGUUCAUCCAACUGUGAACUAUCAGAUCAUCAAUGCAGGCCACCUCCUCCUCAGAGACAUCAGUCAGGACACGAUCGACAACUCCAGCCUGACGGUCCAAAGACAACCUUUCAUCCUCACCGGACUGAGUGGCCAGCCAGCCAUAAAUGUCAGCUAUGGUCCCAUGUCUUUGGAACAGUCUAUACUACCGCAUAUGAUCUACACCGGCCCCAGGAUCCGACCGUUUAUACUAGCCCGUCAGAUUCGAUCAUCUACACCCGUGAUAUACCUGCUCUUUUAUGCAACCGGCAACAGGGGCGAUGUGAGUGAAUUCGGGCCUAUGCAGAACAUGCCGGGUGAAGGAGGACAUAUUUGCGUUACGGCAUAUGCCUUCUGGGAAACCAGGGAGGUCACGGGCAGCUGCUCGAUUCCUGCUGAUGGCGGUUUCUGCUUGGUGCACCUAAAACCUGAGCCAGCGUGGUUCAGCCCUGGAGGGGGUCGAUCUAACUGGGAGCACAGAAGCGAUCAGAGAGGCAAUGUUGCUGAGAUUUAUUACCUGUCCAGACUCAGUCCUAAUGGUCAGUGUGUCCCUCAAGAGAGUAAGCCACAGCAGGGCGAACCGGGACGCCAGGUCUCGGGAUCCACCAUGAAGAGAAUUGGAACUGCGAACCUCCUGCGUUCCCCUCCAGGAAACCCCACAUUUAUACGUUUGCGCCUCGGGGGUGCCGUCAUUAUCCAGACCUCCUCGAAGCCAUUGAAGACCACAGACACCGCCACCUUCUACGUGUUCCUGUCAGGUACAUCACCGGUUGAACAUUUCAUACUCAGAGCCACGGCAAGAAAAGGUAUAUCAUUCAGCCGAGCUAGACCCAGUGACGCCAACCUAUGGGACAUCACUCUGGAACCCGGGAGAGGAAGUGAUGCCCAAACCAUUUCUGUGACCUGCCAGAAGAAAAGCACAUUAACUAGCAAAAGAGGUCUUCUAGAGGUCCUGCAGCUGGACUUUGAGACGGAGGAGCAGAGUGACCAGUUAGAGAGCCAGAUGGUCACGUGGCGACUGGAGUUGCCUGGAAACAUGAUCCGGGAUGAAGGGACCAUGAGGAUCUACACUAUCCAGACAGACUAUGUGGGCAUAGCGCCUUUGAUCACGGAUAGCUAUCUCCUUAAUACGGCCGUGCUGACUGGAAAGAGGGUCUCUGUGCCUGUGAAGGUUUUGGGAGUGGAGGUUGAUGGCUCAAUCACAGACAUCACCAACUCUUCUCGCUGCAGGUCUUCAGACCAGGAUGUGCUGAAGGUGUCUGAGAGAUGUGAUUCUGUGUACGUCAACGGUAAGGAGACGCAUGGGAAGGUGAAGAUCAUGGUGAACUUUACGUACAGUUACCUGAGUGCUCAGCUGGAGAUGAGUGUGUGGAUGCCUCGACUCCCACUGCUGAUUGAGAUGUCUGAUCCAGAGCUCAGUCAGAUCAAAGGCUGGAGGGUUCCUGUCAACGGAAACAAAAGAGUGAGCUGGGACACGGAGGAGGAUGAUGAGAGGAAAGGCAGAGGCUGCAUGCUGCAAUAUCAGCACAGUUUGAUUCGAGUGCUUACGGUUUUCACUGCGGAUUCGCCAGAUCCGAGCGGCCCAUCUCCGGCGUACUUUCUUGGCCCUGAUUGGCAGGUGGAUGUGACGGGGUUGGUGCGAUAUUUUUUGAAAAUGGGGGAUAUGAGCGUGGCACGCUUGCAGGCAGGAAACGUGCUGGCGGGGAGGGCUGCAGGCGUCACUACUGUGCAGGUGAUGUCCCCGCUGUCAGACUCUGUUCUGGGUGAAAGGAUGAUCCGGGUUGUGGAUGAUAAAGUCAGUAUUACAGAGUUGGGGGUGCAGCUGGUCUCUGGUCUUUCGCUGAACCUCCAGAUCAGCCCGGGAAGCAACAGAGCCAUCGUUGCCAAGACGACCACACAGGAGACCAUGCACAACCUUAAACAGGAGGCCGUAGUUGGCUGCUGGCUACAGUUCAGCGAUGGCUCCCGGACUCCUCUCGAUCUGUACGAUCCCAGUGGAUAUUUCCUCAGCAUCAUUUCGCUGGACCCAAGGGUAGUGUCCGUACGGAAUAUGCCGGGUUCGGUCUUUGUUGUUGUAGCAGAGGCUGAGGGACAGGGCCUACUGCUCAGAGCUGAGCUCGCCAUCUGCGAGGCCUGUCAGAAAUCUAAAUGCAAGAGCAAGUUAGCUGUGGGUGGAGGCACAGUAAGUGUCAAAUUCCCACUGGACGAGCAGCUUGCAGGAACUGGCAAGAAAGAGACCCGUGCUGGAAUGGAGAAUGACCGUGCCAGUGAUGGUGAGGAAAAAGACAGUGAAUCUAAACUGAUCCUUACCUCUCCUUCAAACACAUUUCAGCCUGCUGGUAUCCAUGAGAGCACCCCGAGUGGGAUCAAACUGGUAACCACGUUCAACCUGCAAGAGGCCAUUAAAGGUGGUGUAUCCACAAUUAAGUCAAUGAACAGCAUGGAGACGACUCCUAUCACCAAGCCCGUCGCAGACAAAGCUCUCAUAACCGUAGGCCCGAGAAGUCCAAAUGAUUAUAGAAACCAAAUGGAGAACUCUGACUUCCCCUUUCAAGUUGAGAAACCCAAGCAGGAAACUCCACUCGUAGAGAGUGAUCUGAUACAGAUGUUCAACGUGUUCGCAGACAUAGAAGUCUGCAUCUAUGCACUGGUAGGAGUCUCGUGCUUGGCCAUCAUAGCCGUUCUGCUAAACUGUGCCACCCACAAUGUGAAAUCACGCAAGAAAUCGCCCGUUCAGUGCCAGACCCCUUCCGAGCACAAGCAUCAUGUGCGAGUGGGCACAGCUACAGAGCAAAGGAAAGUGGUGCCAAUCGCAACCACCUGUAAGCAGGAGAUGCAGACGGCUGUGGAGAUGCCAAGAACCAUUCAGAUGCAGAAGAGCACAGAGCGGUCCAGAGGCACAGAAAUGAUUCAAUCACGGGACAUACCAGCAGCUGUAGCUGAGGAGAGGACCGCCACUCUGGGAAGAAGAACCAACACUCUUCCUCUACGGCGUGAUCCUAUGGUUUUCAGAUCGGCUACUCUUCUUCCGAAACCUGUUCGCAGUGAACCUCUGCAUUCUCCCACAAGCAAGAGGAAUCAGGUCCAGUUUACAACAUUCACCACUUUGGACAUCAAACAUCUGGCUGCUCUCAAGAAGAGUGCUCAGAGUUUCAGCUGGGCCAAACAGCCGGUUGGAGUAAGCCAGGGUAAUGGUAUUGGAUUGAGUGGACAGGUUGAAGCAACCAAUCAUGUAAAUGUAUGUAGUCAAGUGGAAGGGUCUGUUCCGAUGGUGGACUCCGGUGAGUGCAGAGGGUUUCUUCCGGAAGGUCCGUGGCCUGUGGCUAAACCAGUGUCAAAAGUGUGACACGCUGUUUGUGUUGCGAAUGUGUGUGUGUUUGUGUGAAACAGGAUGUGCAUGUGUGUCUGAAUGGUUUGUAUAAAAUUAACAUGUACAUAUUUCGGUAACCCUUUUUACUUUUCCUGCUUUUGUAUAUUUGUAUGAUUAUUCGAGUUAUUAGAGAUUACAACAAAUAUAAAAAACACACAUGUAAACAUAUUUAUAUAAUGCUACUAUACUGUAUAUACUUAUAUGCAAAAUAUAUUAUAUAUGCAAUGUUUUUUUAUAAUAUUGGUAACAUUUUACAAUAAGGUUCUAUUUGUUAACAUGAGUUAAGGCACUCAGAAAAAUA